AUGACGACAUCUCAAGCUGACACGAAGUUAGAAGAACUCGAGAAGAGGGGCCACGCCCGGAGGCUGGGAAAUCUGGAAAACUACUUUGCCCUCGGGCAGCGCCAGGAUCUGUACUCAAACUUCGGGAUGUUCUGCGAGCUGGACCGCGCAUGUUCGGAGAACGAGCUUGCAGAAGCGCUCCGGGGCAUGUGUCUGGAAUACCCCCUACUGCUGCACACGGUGUUGGAGAAAAAGGAAGCGCAGGACGUGAAUUUCUACCAAACGUCGGAGUACCUGUCGAAGCCGUGGCCACAGCACGACUACAUUCGGGUGCUUCAGAGGGUGCGUUUUGCCGACGUCCUACUUAACGAUCAGGAGGAGUAUGCCGAGAUCGUUAACGCCGCGCUGAAGGAGUUUGCGAGUAACGGCGGGCAGUACUCCAGCGAGGUGUUCGAGCUGAUUAACAAAGUGCGGAUCCCCUACUGCCACAACUCAAGGCCCAAUUGGCGUAUUAUGUGUUUCCCUGAAGAAGGCAACGCUCAAAGCCGCGAGUGGCGCAAGAUCCUGCUGCUGUCUAACCAUUGCUCAAGCGACGGCAUGUCAUCUGCCAACUUUUUUCACGAUCUACAAGACCACCUCAACAAUCUCCCUCCCUCGCUCCCCCAGGCUGACGUUAUUUUCGACUACUCACAGGACCACGAAACGCUGGGAAAACUGCCGGCCCCGAUCGAAACUCAGAUCAGCUACGUGGGCCCAAAGUCUUAUUUCGCGCAGCUAGUUGGUAACCAGGUCCUACGUGAAUACUUUGGUUACAAGUCCCCAACUCCGCCGAUUCCGAGGGUCAACGAACCUGGCGGAAACGACUUUUACAGCUAUUUCUUGAAAAUCACGCCUAGCGAAGUUGCGGCUGUCAAAAAAAAGCUCAAGAACAAGCUGGAUCCUUCGUGUACUCUAACUCCGUUCUUUCAGGCUUGCUGGUUCGCGGCCUUGUACAAAAGUGGGAUUGUUUUCAGCAAGUCCUUCUCCCAACAGCUAUCCAACAUCAUGGUGGCCAUGAAUACCGCUCAGCUUUUGCCAGAAGACAAGCAGCUCAAAAAGCAGUAUAGAUACGGCGCGAACGUCGGGGGUUCACAUUACAACUACCAAAUAUCUUCUUUCAACGUUGCAGAUAAGCCAGAAGCAUUCUGGAAACUGGUCAGAUACUACCAGGACGUAUUUGUUGACGCGAAACGGAAAAAGCAUUUCCUGUACCCACUCGGCGCGCUCAUGAUUGACUCCAUCUAUAAAACGAAGAACAUUGAUCUUGCUGUGACCAAUAGCAUAUUAGGCAAAUCGCGUCUAGGCACGAUGCUGAGUAACGUUGGAUAUUUCCCCCAAAAGGCAAGGGCCACUGUGGGUGGCUUUCACAUUCAAGACCUGAUCUUCGCGCAAACGACAGGCAGCUUUAGGUUCACUUUUGAUAUCAACCUCUGUGCGACCGAUAUCGGCGGCCUCAACAUUACCGCGUGCGUCGCAGAGGGCGCAUUGCCUACGAGAGAGGAUUGGAAGAAGCUGUGUGAGCUGUUCAAGACAAUCAUAUUGGAAAGCUGA